UUGUUGUUUUGAUCAAACGUAAUGCGUUAGCUAGGAAGGUACCGCCGUAGCUAAUUCUGUUACACUGGUUCAUUUGAAAAGAAAAUUAGUUGUGAAUGUCUUGCUAGAGUUAUAAUAAUAUACAUAAAGCCAUUGUUUUUCAAACGUGUUUUGAAACUAGUUUUUUAUUUUUGUUAGCAAACGGAAGCUUUCAAAGAUGACCACCUCACUGUCAGACUUCAGCACCCAAAUAGAAUGGCUAGCUACUUACCUGUGUUAGCUUGCUGAUUUACGAUUUAUCACGGAUGUCAGGAACAGAAUUUCUCUGGGCAGAAGGCUAAAUUACCGUUACUGUAAAGGAAACUGAGUAAGAUUAAGGGAUGGAUUCCACAGAACUGGAGCACGAUGCAGUGAAGUUUGCCAAAACUGCUGUCACCUACGACCAGAAUGGAAAAUACAACGAAGCUGUCUUUUACUAUAAGGAAGCGGCCCAAGCGCUGAUCUACGCUGGGAUGGCCGGGUCCAAGUUGGAGAGCAUCCAGGAGAAGGUGAACGAGUAUCUGAACCGAGUUCAGGCUCUACACAAUGCUGUUCAGGCUCAGAGCAGCGACCCUCUGAAGUCCAAGCAGCAGGUCGACCUGGAGCGAGCCCACUUCCUGGUCACCCAGGCCUUCGAGGAGGACGAGAAGGGCAACGGGGACGAGGCCAUUGAGCUGUACACUCAGGCUGUGGAGCUGUGCAUCCAGACGUCUAAUGACACGUCAGAUCAGGGGCUGCAGAACAAACUGAAACAGCUGGCUCGUCAAGCCCUGGAUCGGGCGGAGGGGCUGAAAGAGUCCCAGUCCAGAGCUGCCCAGGACAAACCAGGACCCUCGGGGGCCAAACCUGGUGGUGGAGGGGGUCCAGUCAGACAGUUCUUCCCCCUGGGCCCUGACUUCUCUCUCAGCGACCGACCCCAGCCCGUCAGAGCGGUCCAGUCCAGCGAGCCGCAGGGUCAGCGCUACACGGCCGAGGAGAUCGAGGUGCUCCGGAGCACGUCUAAGAUCAACGGCAUCGCCUUCGUCCCGUUCAUGAGCGUGGACCUGAAAGAGCGCUUCGCCUUCCCCGUUCCUUUCUCAGAUAAAACAGGCAAGCUGGCCCUGUCCCCCAAGCAGAAAGCCAUCUUCUCUCGCUGGGUCCGACCUGACGAGAUCUGCAAUAAUCCAACCAUGAUCCUGUCGGUGUCCAGCUUUAGUAUUAAACAGACGGUGGUGUCGGACUGCUCGUUCGUGGCCUCGCUGGCGAUCAGUGCCGCCUACGAGAGACGCUACAGCAAGAAGCUCAUUACCAGCAUCAUCUUCCCCCAAAACAGGAAAGGAGAACCUGAGUAUAACCCUUGUGGGAAAUACAUGGUGAAGCUUCACAUCAACGGCGUGCCUAGGAAGGUGAUCAUAGACGACUUCCUGCCUGUAGACAGGAAUGGCGAGCUGCUGUGCUCCUACUCCAGCAACAGGAACGAGCUGUGGGUGUCCCUCAUAGAGAAGGCCUACAUGAAGGUGAUGGGAGGCUACGACUUCCCUGGCUCCAACUCCAACAUCGAUCUGCAUGCGCUCACCGGCUGGAUCCCAGAGCGCAUCGCCAUGCACUCGGACAAUCAGUCCUUCAGCGAGAAAGACAGCUUCCGCAUGUUGUACCAGAGGUUUCACCGUGGCGACGUCCUCGUCACCACGGCCACGGGAGUGAUGACUGAGGAGGAGGGCGAAAAGAGGGGUCUAGUGCCCACGCAUGCCUAUGCCGUCCUAGAUAUCCGGGAGCACAAGGGAAUGCGGUUCCUCCAGCUGAAGAACCCCUGGAGCCACCUGAGGUGGAAGGGUCGCUUCAGCGAGCGCGACGAGAAAAACUGGACCCCGGAGCUCCUCAAGUACCUCAACUUUGACCCCAAAACGGCCCAGAAAUUUGAUAACGGUGUGCUCUGGAUAACAUGGCAGGACCUGUGUCAGUACUAUGAUGUCAUCUAUCUGAGCUGGAACCCCGCCCUCUUCAAAGAAUCUUCCUGCAUCCACAGUAGCUGGGAUGGGAAGCAGGGCCCAGUAAAGGAUGCCUACAGCCUGGCCAACAACCCCCAGUACAGACUGGAGGUGCAGUGUCCAGCAGGGGGCGCUGCUGUCUGGGUGCUGCUCACCAGGCACAUCACAGACAAGGAUGACUUUGCACAAAACAAGGAGUUCAUCACCUUAGUUGUUUACAAGACGGACGGCAAAAAGGUUUACUACCCAGCCGAUCCCCCACCCUACAUUGACGGCAUCCGAAUUAACAGCCCCCACUACCUGACCAAGAUUAAACUGACCAGCGCGGGCACACACACCUUCACACUGGUGGUGUCUCAGUACGAGAAACAGAACACCAUCAACUAUACCCUGAGGGUGUACUCCGGCUGCAAGUUCAGCUUCUCCAAGAUCCCCACUCCCUUCACGCACACCAAGAGGAUUAAUGGACAGUGGAAGGGGGCAAGUGCGGGGGGCUGUGGGAACUAUAAGGACUCGUACACACACAACCCCAUCUACCAGCUGAACCUGGAGCGGCCCGGCCCCCUGCUCAUAGAGCUAAGAGGCUCCAGGCAGUACAGUGUGGGCUUUGAGGUGCAGACGGUCUCCACCGUGGCGGAGGCGGGGCCAGGCGGCCUGCAGAAGAGGAGCAGCGGAGACUACAGGUGUGGCUUCUGCUACAUGGAGGUGGACCAAGUCCCCGCCGGCAUCUACAACGUCACUCCCACCACCUUCCUGCCCAAACAGGAAGGGCCCUUCUUCUUGGACUUCAGUAGCGCCAUACCGUUGAAGGUCUCCCAGCUGCAAUGAGGAAACCGAGGCGGGGGGUGCGAAGGGACAAGAGGGAACAAAUAAUGGGCUUUAUGGUUUGGAGAACGUUCCUCUUGGCUUUAUCUGCUCUGACCAUGGACCUUCAACCGCGUUCCGACCGCAUGCGGACGGCGAACCGCUUCUCAGGAGGCCACGACACGACAGGGACUUCUGUGUUGCAGCGACAUGACGUCCUCCUUGCCACCGUGGGACGACAGUGGAGCCGAGGGGUUCCGCCCGCGGACCUCGGCAGGGCUCAUCUCCGGGCCUCCAGUGCAGCUCGACAGACGGACGGGAGCUUUGUCACACUCAGCCAGCUGAAGCAGGAUGAGUCUUCAAACGGUCUUGCCAACGUAUCUUUCGUUCACUUUGCGUUUUCUCAAUUAUGCACUUGUCAGUUGUUCAGCCCUUUCUGUCCGCCAAGAUUGUGUCAAAUAGGCGAGACCUACUAAUUAUACUCGGUGCUAAGACGUUUCAGUGCAGAGAAAAUACACAAAACCAUCUUCAGGAAAGUCAUGGCCAAAGUAAAAUGACAUUACAAUAUUGUUUCACAAGCAGUAAGGAGAGGUGUGUUUAACCUUAAGCAAUGCCAGGCACUUCUUUAAAAUGGCUGGGUCCGUAUCGCUUCAUACUUAUUUCACUGAAUUCGAUAUGCCACUGUAGCCUAUGUUUAAAAAUGCAAUAGUACAAUCUUAUGGUGGUCUGUGAACUUGCACUUAAUGUCGAAUGAUGCAAUGAAGGACUUGAAAUUG